CUUUGAAGCUUCACGCUCAUACAUUUGCUCGUUUCUUUGGUUUUUGGAUACCAUCACACUCGCUUCGAAUUGGGGAGAUAUGCGUUCGUUAAUUGGGCUGGUCGUUGUAGGGGGAGGUGUGUUUGGAGGAGUGGUUAGGAGUGCGGUGUUGAGAGCGCCGCCUCCAGAGCCGGUCGUUACGCCGGCGCCAGAUGUCGAAGUGUUGGCGAAGAGACAGGAUCCCGACGCUGUCUCUCUCGCCCAAGUGCUCCUCACCGCGAUCCCGGCCUCUCUCCGCGAAAUCGCCGCGACAAACAUCCCCGCCGUGUCGAGCAUUCUUUGGGAAGAGUUCCUCGAUGAUAACAAGCCGGAAUGGUUCUUGGAGUUGCCAACGGACAUCCAGAACUAUUUGAUACGCCGAUUUGGGCCGAGGACUGCGUGGCCGACAGAAGCUCCAGCGAGUUCCGGAGUAGAUGCGACGGCGAGUGGUUCUGCGCCUGCAUCAGCGACCGAUACGGAUGUGCCGUGGCAGACGAGCCUUGCUGAGCCUUCAGGGACGAGUGGGGGUGCUUCGCAAACGGAUACUGAUGCGACGGAGAGUACUCAAACCCCAGAAUCCACAGCCUCCAGCGAUUUGUCAAGCUUGGCUACCUCCGCCGUGAGGAUCUCGACUGCUUCUACUGGGAAGCCGACUUUGUUGCCGACCGGAUCGCUCACAGAUUCGCCCACCUCAUCAUCCACAUCCGACCCCGACUCCCCACCAGCCAGCGAUUCGGGUCUAUCGAAAGGUCGAAAGAUCGGGAUUGGCGUCGGUGUACCACUCGCUAUCCUCGGAGCCGCCGCCCUUGCUUUUGGUUGCUGUUUCUUCCUCCGCCGCCGUCGCAGGAAGAACGUCGAUGGUUCUCUUCCACCUUCGUCUCCCGGCUUCAUCCCUCGCUUCGCAUUCCAGGACAGGUCGGCCGAGCACUUGGAGCACCGGACCCCGCUGAACCGCGACAUUAACCACUCCACGCAGGAUCUAGGUCACAUGAACUGGGACGACGACGUAAUCGAGCCGGCUGAACCUGCGCCGAUGCACAAUCCACCUCCGGUGAUGACCAUGCACGAUCCGAAGCCGAUAAUGGCGCCCGCGCUGUUCCAUACCCAUAGUUCGAACCGUGCAAGGGGCAGGCGGACGAGCUAUACGAGUUUGCACUCGGUAGCGGAGGUCACAGAACCAGAUGAGGAGUCGCCUGUUCUAGGACGAGAUGUAUCACCACCGAAGCAGAGUCCCGGACGAAACCUCAUCCCCACUCCACCGAUACCCGCGGCGGCGCAGAUAAAGCGGAAGCCGGUCGCCACGAGCCCGCCGAUGCCGUCGAGCCCAGCAGCAGUGGAAGCGUCACGUACCCUCCUGCGACAGACGAUGCCUGACCACAGCGGAAGCAGUUCGAGCGGACUGGCAUUGACCAGCUCGAGCGGCUUCAACAGCAGUUCGUCUGGGCUCGGACUCCAAACUGACGCCGCAUCCCCUGUCUCGCCAGUCUCGAACCGUGCGCCAAGCAAUCCGUUCAACUACGAUGCGUACGUCGAAGACUAUGGCCCGGAAUAUCACCACGGAUAUGUUGACGUCGAAGAUGGUCUAUAUGGAGGCCACACCAGCUUAUCACGAUAUCCCGAACCACGAAGGAAGAGCUCGAAGACGGAAUGGCCGCUCCGAAAUAUCGUUGGAUCGCAUCAUCGGCGGAAGUCAAGCCCGCUGUGGGAUCGCAUAUAUGAGGAAUGAGGAAUGAUGGAUGUAUUUAAGCGUGUUGAUACCUCGGACACCGUUUUACGAUUUAAUUUCCUUUGUCGUACACGAUACCACACAGCAUUGGGAACUUGGCGUUCAUGAACGUUGACGAUACACAUUCCUUGUAAGUAUUUUUGGGU